UCCAGGCACCGCAACAGCUCUUUAGGCCCCAAGGCGGGGUUCUGCGUCUUCUCAGCUCGCUCCUCUGCCUCCCGCUUUGUCCUCCCCCGCCCGCGUGUAGUCUCCGCCGGCCGCGGGCAUCGAUCGCUUCUCGACCCAGCGCGCAGCCGCGGUCUCGGGCCGCCUGUGGCGCGGGGAAAGUACUUCCGGGCCGAGUGUUUCCGGGUCGCGGUUGGCCCCCGGGUACUGGCUUCGGUUCCCCGCAGCCGGCCGGAGCGGCGAGAGCCCAGGCGGGACCGGCUCCGGCGGCGGCCGUGCCCCUCGCUUGCUUCCCCCGGCCGGGACGUCCUCAGCGGCAGUGUCGGGCGCACUCCGCUGGUCCAGGUGGCAGCAUAUUAGUACUUUCAGCAAUGUCCCCAUCUUUAAACCAGAAGCCAUGGAGGAAAUAAGGUAGCCCCACCUUGAUCGGAUGGGGAAGCCCAGUUCAAUGGAUGCAAAAUAUAAGGAUGACUUAUUUCGAAAGUACGUGCAGUUCCAUGAGGGCAAAGUGGAUACCACCCCCAGCAAGCAGAAGCCUGGCAGCGAUGAAUACCUGCGGGUGGCAGCCUCGACCCUGCUCAGCCUGCACAAGGUGGAUCCCUUUUAUCGAUUCCGGCUGAUCCAGUUCUAUGAGGUGGUGGAGAGCUCCCUGCGCUCACUGAGCUCCUCCAGCCUGCGGGCUCUGCACUGUGCCUUCAGCACACUGGAAACCGUGGGCAUCAACCUCUUCCUCUACCCGUGGAAGAAGGAAUUCAGAAGCAUCAAGACCUACACUGGCCCUUUCGUUUAUUAUGUCAAGUCUACGUUACUGGAAGAGGACAUCCGAGCCAUCCUGAAUUACAUGGGCUACGUGCCCGAGUUGGGAACUGCGUACAAGCUCAAAGAGCUCGUGGAGACUGUCCAGGUGAAGAUGGUCUCCUUUGAGCUGUUUCUGGCCAAAGUUGAGUGUGAGCAGAUGCUAGAAAUCCACUCACAAGUGAAGGACAAGGGGUACUCUGAGCUGGACAUCGUGAGUGAGCGCAAGAGCAGCACAGAGGACGUUCGCGGCUGCUCAGAUGCACUGCGACGGCGGGCCGAGGGCAGGGAGCACCUGACGGCCUCAAUGGCCCGCGUCGCACUGCAAAAGUCGGCCAGCGAGCGGGCGGCAAAGGACUACUACAAGCCCCGUGUGACCAAGCCCUCGAGGUCGGUGGAUGCCUACGACAGCUACUGGGAGAGCAGGAAGCCUCCCCUGAAGGCCUCACUAAGCCUUCGGAAGGAGCCCGUGGCAGCAGACUUGGGGGACGACCUCAAGGACGAGAUCAUCCGCCCAUCCCCCUCACUCCUGACCAUGUCCAGCUCCCCCCAUGGCACCUCAGAUGACCUUCCACCUGCCUCCCCCAAGAACGGCCUCGGCCUGUUGCGCAGCUCGUACUUCCCUCACGAUGACGUGGAUCUGUACACAGACUCGGAGCCCAGGGCCGCCUACCGUAGGCAGGAGGCUCCGCGGCCGGACGUGUGGCUGCUCAGAAACGAUGCCCACUCCCUCUACCACAAGCGCUCGCCCCCUGCCAAAGAGUCCGCCCUAUCCAAGUGCCAAAACUGCGGCCUGUCCUGCAGCUCCUCCCUCUGCCAGCGCUGUGACAGCUUGCUCACGUGUCCUCCGGCCUCCAAGCCCAGUGUCUUCCCCAGCAAGGCCUCUGCCCAUGACAGCCUGGCCCACGGGGUGUCUCUGCGAGACAAGUACUCAGGCCAAAGUCAGGGCCUCGACCGGCUGCCACACCUCCACCCAAAACCCAAGCCCUCCGCCACAGCCACCUCCCGCUGUGGCUUCUGCAACCGCCCAGGCGCCACCAACACCUGCACCCAGUGUUCAAAAGUUUCCUGCGACACCUGCCUCAGCGCCUACCCUUAUGACCCCUGCUGCAAAAAGAGUGAGCUACACAAGUUCAUGCCAAACAACCAGCUGAACUACAAGUCCACCCAGUUCUCCCAUUUCGUGUACAGAUAGACUUGACCUUGCACCUCCCUGCUACAAGGGCUACACCACUGACCUUCUGGUUUCAUGGUGAAGUAGUAUUAAUGUGGUGAUCUCAGAAGUGGAGACCUGCACUUGACCAUGUAGAUGGUGGGGAUCGUGGGCUGGCUGCAUCCACGUGGGAGUUCCCUUACCGACUCGGAUAUUUCAACUGAUGGCUGCUUUGUUGUCUGACGAGGGAGAGGGUAGCACUUCCGUUCAGAUUCAUUUUUGCUGAUCUCUCCACUCCCUGUUCAGUUGGGUUUUCUUUCCUUUAAAGAGGAUUGUUAUCUCUGGGACUCUCGCUGCACCUACUCCUCCCACUGCGAGGCCAGCUUGGACUGGGAAGGGCCCUUCGGGUCGCACGCCUGUCUGGAGUGGCGAGCUGGAGGCCUGUUGGCUUGCGAAAUGAGCCCUCCUGCCACACUGGCCUCUCCCAAUGGUUUAUCCUUUGGUCGCCCCCUUCCCAGCUGGACUCCCUGCACCCUGACUUUCCUGCCUCUCCAGGUGUCAAAGGUGAGCCGAGUCCAGUGUUAGCUGAAUGUCAUCUUGUUGCCACCACAGCUUAGUCGGCCAGUGGUGUUUGUGAACGUGGCUCCGACACAUUACAGCGUGGGCUUUCCACAGCAGGACUGACGUUCCCUUUCUGUUGUUUGCACAUGCCCCUCUUACUGUACUGUAAAUAGAUAUUUUUAAGAUUUAUUUUUAAAUAAAUAUUCAACUUUCCGUGUGUUUCAAAGUGGUUAAAAAAUUAAUUAUAUAGCUAUUUAUGAAAAUGCCCUGGGUUCUUUAGUCUUCCAAGGGAGGGCCUUAUGCCCUUUCAUUUUGUGUCCUCCACUCACUACAGCCCGAGGGUGGAGUGGAGAGUUUGGGGCAGGGGAGGAAUAGAGACGAAGUCCCUUUUUCUUGAGUUGGUGGAAAGCCACUGUCUUCCCUACAAUAAAUAUCUAGACACCUACCUCCAGUGUGCACUUAGGGGGUUAGAGCAGGCGUCGAGGUCUGUGUGCCUGCAGACUGUGACACCUGGUGAUGAUUCAGGGACCCUUCGGAUCUGUUGCCCUGGUCUUUGGCACUUGUUGAGCAUGAACCUUGUACUCCAAACUUCUUGAGUCUCAUUUCGGAAGGAAAAUAACUUGGGAUUCCCACCACCCCUCCAUCUCAGUCCUCUUUUCUUCACCAGUUUCCAGGACUCAUCUGCAGCAACAUUUGCGAUCUUUUUGCACUAAAAUUGGGCAGGAGCCGGCACGUGCCUGUCAGGCAGACAGCGCAGACAGCUCCUCAGAUACUCAGCUGAGCCUAAGCACUUCCAAACUGAAGGCCCCUUCAACUCCUCUUGUGAAUUACCAACCCCUGGAUUUUUCUUUUGGGGUACAGAACAGGAGUGGGGCAAGAGUUUAAAGCCGCUUCCUUGUGAACUAAUAAUAUAUUUAGCCAUAAGUGUUUGUGACGUAUACUAUGUUAAGAGAUUUACAUGCAGUGGGUUUUUCUGGGAGACAGAGGUAUUCAGCUCAUAAGUUUAAAUCUGGCUGAAUCCUGAGGCCACUGUGAAUUUGCUGAUGUUCUUCCAACUCAGUUGAGUGAUUUUAAGGUUUUCCAAAUCUUAUAUGGCUCUUUUUAAAAAUAUAUCUGGUAGAUCACAUGUAGAUAUACAACGUGUAUAUUAAGCUGAAUUUCAACCAACUUUAUUACUAAGGCCCGCCUAUCUGGGGCAUUCAUCUUUGAUGUUCUUCCUUUUCACAUUUCAUAACUGCAAUGCCUGGCCCACUCCUGAGAGCUCUAGUUUUCUAGUUUUCCAUUUCCAGAUUGCUCCAGCAUUAUAGUAACUAACUCUUUUAACCAACCGUGAUGCCACGUAACUUACACAGUGGACAAAAGCAGGAAUGAUUAAACUCAUCCUAGGAAGAAACAGUCCAGUGUACCUAUCUAUCAUCACGGAAAUACUACAACCAUGCUCCUUGGUGUGUAUCUUACUGUAUGAGGUUGCUGUGAUUGAGAUAGUUAAAUAUAUGCUAAUUUAAAAAUGCAGAUGUUUUGCAUUUGGUUUCUACCAAGAGUUGAAAUGUUGAGAGAUGAUUGAAAAAUAUUAAUAAUAAAGUGUCUUCCAUUGUUAAA